AUGGGACUAUCUGUGUCAGGAAGAUCGAGAUUGAAAUCGGUGAUCAUAUCCUCCAACAGUAAGUCGUCGACGUCAGGGAAGCGGAAGAAGGUCUCCGACUGGGCCCGGCGGUGGUGGGCCCGGCGGUUUGGUGUUUCCAGCAUAUGGUCGAGGAAUCAGAUUGGCAUGAUUUGGAUCGGAUUAAAAGGAUCAGUUUUGUGA